GCCCACCUCUGGACGGCGGAAAAAAACCCUAGAUCGAGAUCUAGAGAGGAGUGGGGGUGGUGGAGAGGCAAGGUUGGAGGAGAUCCUCGAUCCUUCACGGAGGUUGCUGCCUCGCCACCCAUGGCGAAUGAUGCGGGGCGGGGUUUCCAGGGAGAUCGGCGUCAAGGCGCAGAUGCGGCCCGUGCAGGACGCGGCAUGGGUCGCGGCGCGGGGAGGAACGCUGGCCGUGGCAACGGCCGUGGCGGCGACAAGAGCAAGUACUCAUGGAAGCGGAGCAAGGGCGACGGCGAUGGCGACCGCACCAUCUCUGCUUCAUCCAACCCCACCUCUGCUGCGAUGGAUACUGCGCGCUGGGAGGCAGCUGCGACCACCAGGCGCCAAGAGAACCAAGAUGGAGGGAUUUGGGUGGAGAAGCAACAGUCGGCGGUGGCGUCGGGGGAGACUGGUAGCGGCCAGACCUCAUCGCCGAUUCAUCGUCCACACGGCAAGCAGAACAUCACCCAGGUGCCCCCUACCAAGAACCCUAUCUCCUGCCCCAUAUGCAAGUCGAAUGAUCAUCCUCCUGCUAGAUGUCCUCAAGUUUUCUUUGAGAGAUGCAAUAAGUUAGGGCACUUGGCUUCUGUAUGCACGGCAUUCACUCCCUGGGAGUGUAUUGCCCCAAUGUGUGCCUUUCAGUCGAGGGGGCAGGGGUUUUGCUAUAUCCAUGAUUCAUGCACUGCUAGUCAGCUUAAGGAGAGGUCCAAUAAUAUUGUUGUUACCAUUGUUGAGGGGGAAACUUCGACUAGGCAGAUGGAAUUGGACCUGUCUGACUAUCUUGCUACUGGAUGGCGCUGUUCAGCACAUGCCAUUGGUCCUGGGGUGUAUGUGGUGCGAUUUCCUAAUCCUAGAGUGGUUGCUCAAAUCUGCUAUGUGGGAAAAGUUACUCUGAAAACGAGUGGGGCUAUUAUACAUGCCACUCAAUGGUCCUCAGCUGUGGGAUCGAAAAGCAUCAUGGAAGUGGCUUGGGUGAGGGUGAUUAAUAUCCCACUGGAUAAAAGAAGUGAGAGGAAUGAAGCCUUUGUGGCCUCGCUAGUGGGGAUUCCACUAGAGAUCGAUAAUGCAACCUUGCAUCGUCCUGCUUCUGUUCGUGUGAAACUUGGGUGCAGAAAUGUUGAUGCGAUACCUGGAAUAGCAGAAUCAUUUUUGGGAGGACACUUCUAUGAUUUCGUUUAUGAGGUUGAACAGGUGCUGAUCAGGGACCCUAAUCGUGAGAACAAUGAGGUUCGGGUGCCUACUGGAGAUGAGGGAGGGAAACAUGAAAAGAGCAAAAAGGUUGUGAAUCCUGAUACUCAAAUGGGCAGUACUUCAUCUGGGCUUGGGGGGAAAUCUCUCCCCAUUCCCCAGCAUGUAGUGCCUGACCCGAUGUGAGAAUCCCAAGAGAGUGUUGAGUGUGAUGACUCUCUCCACACCUCACUGCUUAUUGAAACCUUGAAGUAUGAGCAUGAACAGAGUGUGAAAGAGAAAGUUGUGGAGGUGGUUGGACAUCAUGACUCAGCUCUGAAGGUGGUCAAUGAAUAUAGGGUGGAAUCUCCUGAUGUGAAUGCUGAGAGUAAACUGGAGCGGGUGGAGGACAAGGCUGCAGCCGCGGCUAAGAAGAGAAACAUGGAAGGUUUGAUGGCUGGUGAGGACCGGGAGUCCAUGGAGCGUGGAGCCAAGAUGCUGAGGUCGAACGCGUCGGCGAUGAUGAGGAUCUGUGCACCACCGUCAACAACGAACUGAUGCUGUUGCACCAUCUAAGAAACUUCAUCAUUAUGUCUGCCUAGUUUGGUUAACUCCACUCCUGCGUGAGUGUUUUUGGUCUCCCUUGAGUUUGCCAGUGGGCAUGGUGGUGUUGGACUGUUAUAGCUCUUGCUGGAGUUUGCCUGGUUCUGUUAGGUCUAGAGGUUUUGCGUGAUGCUAGGUGUCACUGGGUUUUCGCCCCGCGAUGAGCUGCUCGAUGACGGGUGCUCAUAGUGGGUUUCCCAGUGAUGCUUUGAUCUCGCCUUACCCCUUUCUAGUUUCCUUAUGCUGUAGUCGUUUAUGUUGGGUCGUAUGUAGUGAACUUUGUAUUUCCGUUAUGCUUUUAAUGGAAAGGGGUUAU